AUGGACUACACCAAGCAGACCGUUUUGCAGCUGCGCGCGCUGCUCAAGGAGCGCAACAUCUCGUCGACGGGCCUGACGCGCAAGGCGCAGAUUGUGGAGAAGCUGGAGGAGGCGGAUCGCGCUGGGGGUGCCGAGACGCUGGACAAAGCCAAGGAGGAGGGCACGUCGCCGGCGGCGUCGAGCGUUACGAUGGGGGCGGAGGAGGCGAGGCGGAAGAGCGGGAGUGGGGAUGGGGUUGGUGAGGCGGCGGCGAAGGGGGGAGAGAAGGGGGAGGGUGUGAUGGAGGGUGGGGAGGCUGUGCAGGUGGAGGGGGAGGGGGAGGGGGAGGGGGAGAAGGGGGAGAAGGGGGUAGAAGAGGUCGUUCCUGUCACGGAUGAUGCGCCGCCGGAGACGGAGCCUAUAGUGGUUGCGAAAGAAGAUACUCCUCCUGCCAAAGACCCGACACCGACACCCAAAGAGCCUACUCCUCCGCCGAAAGAACCUACGCCGCCGCCGAAAGAGCCUACUCCUCCGGCUAAAGAAGCCAGCCCUGCAACGCCACCGCCUGCCGAAAACGAGGCAAAGACUGUCGAGAAGGAGGUACCGCUGCCUGCUGCGGUGGAAGCACCAUCCGUCGAGCCUUCCGUCGAGCCCUCACGCCUCAAUUCCGAGGAAAUGGAGGCAGAUAGCAAGAAGCGCAAGAGGAGGAGCAACUCACCAGACGUCAAGGCCGACGACAUAAGAAGCAAGAAGUUAAGGACGAGCGGAGAGGGGUUGGAGCCAAGUGUCGAAGAAGUAGUUCACAUUGAGCAGAACGCCAUGAUGGAGGAAGAGCAGGACAAGUUGGAUGGAGAUGUGGUUAUGGAGGAUAAGGCUACAGAACCUGAGACGGAGGCACCCCCCGUCUCUGCAAAAGAGCAAGCUGAAGCUCCCGAAGCUUCCAAACCAGCUCCAGCUGGAACUUCGGCGCGCGAACGGGACAGCGAGAAGGAUAAUUCCUCCCGAUUCAAGUCUCUCUUCGAACAACCAACACCCACUACCGCCACCCCGCCCGUCGCAGAUUCUGACACUGAUCGUUCCGUAUCACCAAGUCUGCAUCCCGCAACUGCAGCCAUCUACAUCCGAAACUUCAUGCGCCCUCUGCAACUCCCUGCCCUGCGCAACCACCUCAUCGCGCUAGCCUCUCCGCCAUCCUCAGAUCCCGACCCAACCGUCCUCAAGACAUUCUUCCUCGACCAAAUCCGCACUCACGCCUUCGUGGUAUUCGGCUCGAUCUCCGCAGCUGCCCGCGUCCGCACAGCCCUUCAUGGCGCUGUCUGGCCCACCGAGCGCGAUCGCAAGUCGCUUUGGGUGGACUUCGUGCCGGAAGACCACGUUGAAGGCUGGAUCAAGACCGAAGAGGAGGCCGCCAGCGACAGCCGCAGCGGUCGCGGCCCGGCUAGGAGAUACAAAGUCGCCUACAUCCCCAGCAGCGAUGGCGACGUCCCCGCCCGCGCCGUUUUCCAGGAAGAGGGCGCGAAUGGCGGUCGCGGCUCCAUCGACAUCUCUGCGCAUAGGGGCGGACCAGACGUAGGCGGACUCGGCAUGCCCAACGCGCCGACUGGCCCGCGUGGCCCGGCCGAACGCAGAGCUUCUGCUCUCACAACCGCCAAUUCGAUCCCGCUGACGGCUGAUCGGACGCAGGCGAAGGCUGGUGACGCCGAGGCCCCCGCGCCGGACCCGACGAAGAGCUUCCAGACUCUCGAUAAACUCUUCAGCUCUACUACCGCGAAGCCUAAGCUCUAUUUCCAACCUGUUGAGCCAGAGCGUGCGGAGGCGCGUCUCGAUGCCCUCAAAGCGGCUACGAGCCGCAAUUGGGACCCGGAUUCCAAUAUUCGUGGCCGUGGGAGGGGAAGGUUGGACGAGAAGGUGCGGUACGGGUUCGAAAAGGACGUUUUGAUGGAAUUCGGGCCGGACUUUGGACCCGGCGCUGUGCAAGGGUGGGGUGGGCGCGGAGGGGGGUAUCGGGGCAGAGGUGGGUUUAGGGGAGAUUUUAGGGGCGACAGCUACCGCGGUGGCGGCAUGGCUGGCAGGCUUGACCGCGAGGGGGAUAGGAACUUUGGGGAUAGGUGGCGUGGUGGGAGAGGAGGGAGGGGGGGGUGGUAG